CGUUGGCCCUGCUUUGAACAAAGAGCAGAUUUUGUGUGAUCUUUGAUUUGCAUUUUUAUUUUAAAAAAUGUAUGUAUUUAUUAGUAGCAUAUGGUAAUACAUGCUAAACCUAAAUGUGAAGAACAUGACCCUCCUCUUACUGAGUCAUUAUCUCACAGGUCACCUGGACACAUGUCUCACAGAGGAGCCCAUGACGUGGCUUUAAGUACAGAAGGCUGGGCCCCGAGGCAGCAGCACACAGACACACCUGCACAGGAGGAUGGCUCUGGUGAAAUCGCAGGGGCGGGGGCGGCCAGCCUCAUGUCCGCCCUGACCGACAAGGCCAUAGUGAAGAAGGAGCUGCUGUCCGAAGUGGCCGGGAAAGACAAGUACCGUGUCAAUAACAAGCAUGACCGGAAGUACUCCCCGCUGCCUCCCAGCAAAAUUGUGCGUCAGGCGGAGGAGAAGGUGGGGCAGGAGAUGCUCUACAAGCUGACCAGCGACAACUGUGAGCACUUCGUGAAUGAGCUGCGUUACGGAGUCUCCCGCAGCGACCAGGUCACUGAAGCGGUCGUGGCAGGCGGUGUGGCAGUAGGCCUCCUCGGCGUGGGCCUGGCCAUCGCGGCCCUCAUCGGGUCCCUGCGGGGCAGACGCGAGCGGGAAGAGCAGUGAGGUCAAGGAAUCAUCCCAGCGGCAACCAGAAAGAGAGGAAGGGACAGGGAAUAGAGAGAAAAAUGGAUAGGAGAGAGACAUCAGUGGCUGCCUCCUGCACACUUUUUACUGGGGAUCGAGCCUCCGGGAAUUGAACGAGAUACACCUUGGUUCAUGGAACAACACUCAACCACUGAGCCACAUCAGCCAGGCCAUUCAGGCUGCUUUCAAUGGAGCUACAAAAGCACAGGAGGAUUUAAUUGGGGAAAUACGGCUGGUGUGAAUGCUAUUAAAGACACAGCGGGGCUCUGUC